AGCAGCACCAACUGAGCAGCACUCAUGCAAUUGUUUUGCCCCCCUGAGCUCCAGGUGUUGUGCCAGAAAGUGAUUGCCGUCUGCGGGAGCGCGCGGAGCUGCUUAAAACUGUAGCGCCCAGAUUACUUACAGUUACUUCCGUGCAACUGAUAUAAGAUGCGGUAAGCUGAAGACACCCCCAAAUCAUGACAGAGCCUCCACCAUGUUUUACAGAUGGCUGAUACUUACUACUAAACCUCUCUCCUGACCUCCUCUGUACACAAUAGUGACGACUUGCACAAAAAUUACAAAUUUGGGUUCAUCACUCCAUAAGACCUGCUGCUGUUGAUUUUCAGUCCAGUUUUUGUGUAUUUUUGUAUACCUCAGUCUUCUCUCCCUUCUUGACUUUCAUUGUUCAUCUGCUUUAGAUAGAUUUUUUUAGGCCUGCCAAUUUCCUCAGAUGUUUUAAGGUAGCAGGAUGACUGUUAGGAGGCAGAACUUCCUGACUGGAAGGUUGGUGGUCUGAUCUUUGGCAGUCUGCAUGCCAAACUGUGGCCAAAGUUGCUCUUUGAUGCGUUCAUUGGUGUAUAAAUGUGAGCAACCAGUCCAUUUACCGUUUACUGCACACCAUGGCAAAAUAUUCCAUGUUUUUGCAUAAUAGCUGUUUGUUAGUGUAAAAAACAUAUUUUAUGCCUAUCAAACUGUGUUAUCAAUUGUCUGUGUCAGAGAUUCAAUUAAAGAAAAAAUGGGGGGGGAAAGUACAAUUCAAUUUAAGAUCCUGUCAGACAGAAGGACCGGGCUGAAAAUAAAUGAAAUGAACCUUAAAAGCCUGCAGAAAUAUUUCCCAUGACUAACCUUCUACAAAUUAGAAGAAAGUCUGGGUUCUUGGAAGUAAAAUACAAAGAAUUCAAUACAAUACUGCACAGCCAAUCUUUCAACCACAACAACAAUCUUUCAACCGCAACCAUAUUUUUGAACUCUGGGAAGAAAUGGAGUAUUCAGAGGGAAACGAAAGACUUAAUAAAAUAGAAAGAAAGCAAAAGGAAACUGCUUCUCUAUGUAGAAUUGUGUAUUCUCUGUGGGAAAUUCUACAGUGACGCAGUAAAAAAUAGUAAAACCCCAUCUUCAGAUGUCUGGAACACAGUAUUACAGUUUUGCAUUUACUGUAGGGCAAUACUAAUAACUACUAAUGAAACAAAGUACGAGUUUUUGUUAGUCGUUUAACUUUUUCUUUCUUUUUUGGGGAUGGUCUCAGUUUUGUGCAUUAUUGAUUUAUGGCCACUAGAUGGCUGUAAGUCAUCAUAAAUCCUCCUGAGACCCAUAAGAAUAAAAUGUUGUGAUAUUUAGAUUUGACAUUCACAUGUUACAGCAAAUGUUGGAACUGGAAGGAGAGUCUUACUUAGUCAGUUUCAUACUUUGUGCUGUCAGGAGAUGCAGGUGGAGUGGGGUCUGAUCUUACAGCAAGAAGGUGAAAGUUCAGAGAAGGACAUGUAAGCUUUUGACGGCAAAAUAAUGACACAAAGUCUAUUACCGGUACUUGUAAGCUAGGGCAAUGAAGUUGUGGGCUCAGCAGAUUUAAGUUGUCUUGCUGUAUUCAGUUAAGAGAGCUCUUCAAGAUGUCUCUUAUCAGUAACACCAAGAUCAUUUGCUGUUUUGAUGGACUGCCUAAUCUAGAAGAAUCUUAUUAGUUUCUAUUAGCUGCAAACAGGAAACAGUAAAUUCAAAUCCUGUGUUAUCUGAGUCAUGCCGUGAAGAAUGCUGAAGAAUGUUUUUGCCUUUCAUGUAUUGUUUAAACUGAAUUCAACUGAUAAAGACAAGACACAUAGACUUUAAUGCUUUUUUUCUCAUAAAUGUAAUUCAUUACAGAAGUGAAACUUUAACUGUGUGUGUGUGUUUUCUAGAAAUCAGAAUGCCUAAAAAUUUAAAAUCCAAUGUGGCAGUUGAGAAACCACACCACACAACUUCAAAGCGCUUGCACAAUACUUCUGGAGUACCAUCAUUUUACCUUGGCUCAGACUCCUCAAAGGCUGGUAUGUCUUCCUCUGAGCUUUCACCUUCCUGUUUUAAUGGCUGGCCUUGCUCCACCUCAUCUCCUGACAGCUUUAAGUCAGACUCUCCUUCCACAGUUCUGAGUAAAACCCUUUUCUCCCUCGUCCUGCCCUUUGCUUCCUGAAAUAUUGAAAUAGGUUCAAAAUGUGAGGCAGUAAGACCUGCUGUCCACUACAAAGGGCACUGGAAAACACUUUUGUUUUAGAAGGCAUAAAAUUGCUAUACAUUUCUAAAAUCUCACUAAAUCAAAGAUGCUCAAAUAGAAGAAACAAACAAAAAAAAGAUCACUUUGCCUCCUUUGUGGCCAUAAAAAGUGGAAGCUGCAAUUCUUGUACAAGAAAAUCCAUGCACUCUGUUAGCCCAGCCCCCACAAACAUGGCAUUGAUAAGAUCAGAAUGUCAUAUAGAUGCAUAAAUUGUGGUUGAUGUCGUCCACAGAGGACAAAAAUGAAUCGCUGGGUCUUAGUAGUUAAAACAUCAGAGGAACUGUCCAGCUUUACAUCAUUGUUAUAAAUAUAUCAUCACCCUAUAAGAGGCGUGCUGUACUAUUACACCUGCUAUACUAUUCUUCUCUGAUGAUUUUAUGAUGUGCAUUAUGUCAUAGCUUUUAGCAAAAAAUUUUCUAUGACUGUUUCCAUAAUGUUAUUUUGAAGUUACAUGUUGGUGUCAUUACUUCCCACGCUUCCGUCCGCAUGUGUCUAAAAAUUGGACCAAUGGUCAAUUUGAAACAUUUGUAACGUAUGGGGUUGUAUGUGCCUCAGAAGUUGUACUGUGAUUUAUCAUGAGUUGCGCACUUUGUUUUGGCUUAUGUUUUGGAAAAUAGUGAAUCAUCAAAAAUGCAGAAGUAAGCUAGUUGCCUUGCAGAAAGAAUCAUUGCUUUCAUGUUAUUGUAUUCAUCACACGCUGCGAGACAGUAGGGGUUUCUCACUGUCCUUUAAACAUGCACAUGACUCGAUUCUGCUGACUCCUAAAAAAACACAAUUGCUCAUCGGCUUUUCCCAUCUUAUCAAAAGAAAAAAAACCAUCCAAAGCUCUUGUUCCUUUUUUGCUCCUCAUUAUUUCAUUGAACUAAAAUGUAUCCAUGUAACAAGUCUGGGCAUGUUGUUUACAAGUGUGUUACUUGACCAUUCCCAGUCAUAUACGACACCGCAGGCAUCACUUUUUCUGAGUGAUUGAGUAUGAUGACACAUACCUGAACCAAAGCCCAUCCUGUUUUUGCUGCCAUGAAACUUUCCCCUGUCAAAGUACAAACGGAGAAAGUGAAACCACAUUUACUGACCACAAGCAGAAUUUAGUUGCAGGUGGGAAUUUUUUUUAGAAGCGCAAAUAGUAAACAGCUCAUCACAACAUUUUUAGAGUUCCACUGCUAAGUUUUGCGGUGCAUUCUGUUAUAAGAUCAGACUUAAGAUAAGAUGUUGAUAAGAGCUUGAAGUACCGGCUGACUUGACUUGAUAUGAAUGAAUUAGCUGAACUAUUCAGUCAACAAUAUGUGGUUGAACUAUGUUGCGAAAGUUCUUUCUUUUAUAUGAAGUUUACUAUUUUUUAUCUCUGGUUAUGAUGCUUGUAUCAGUUCCAAACAAAUAUUUUUAAGGACAAACUGUAACAGAGGCAUAUUGUCAUGUUGUUACACAUCUUUACCCUUCCAUUUUAAUAUUAGUGGAGAAAUACACAGAAAUAAAUCAGUAAAGUAAUGAUUUUCAGUGUUGUAAUAAACAUGAAAAUAUCCUAAAAUUUUCACUUUAACAGUCUCUUCAUGAAUAAGGAAGUGAAGAACACAUUUCAACAUAUAUUAGUGUCAAAGUUUCACUCCUUCCUUUUCUCCCGGGCUGUCAGUCUUGCUCCUCCUGUCUGUGUAGUUUGUGGUGAGUAGGAGAAAAGGGCCAGUCCCUGUAUGCAGAUAUAAUCUGGCCCUGCUGUGUCUGCCUUCAGUAGCAUACAGGGGAAAGUACCAUUUGGAUACUUCAGAUACUUAGGGCACAGCAGAACACAGACAUUAAAACAUCCUCAUUACAUGUACAGCUCAGGAAGCGAAGUAACGCAUCAGUGCACAGCAGAGGAAACUCAGGACUUGUACAGUCGUCAUUUCUUAACAUCUGUCUUCCUGCGUUCCCCGGGCUAAGAGCGCUCCUAACUCUGCUGUUGGACUGACGAUGCCGGAGCCUACCCAGAAUUUCCUGAUCCGUAUCCUCGUGUUGUGGAACACCGUAAUCACCAUAUUGCUAAUUGUGCUCUUCGUCCUAUACUUCACAGACGGACAUAAAGGCUUGGAAAAUAGUGCUGUAGAAUCAUCCAAAAUUUCCUCCAUGGAAAAGAGAUGGACAACCACCACCCCCCCUAGCCUCGUCUUAAGUAAAGCAAAAAUGAUCAGCUUUAAGUUUGAGGAAGAUGGAAGUGAUAUAACGUGGAGGUCAAGUGAACAAAAAGAAACUGUGAUUUCACAAGUCGGCAAUGGCCUGAGCAUGAACGUGGAUGGAUACUAUUUCCUAAAUCUUCAGGUUACAAUGGUGCCCACACGUUCAGGCUGUUCCACAGUAGAUCAAUCCAUUGUGAGCCUGGUGCACAUACAGGAUGACAAAGAAGACCAAACUCUCCUGGAGGGCUCGAUUAACAAAGAAACAAACAGCACAGGUAUUCUCAGCAAGGUAGUGGAGUGCGGUGCUGGACAGAAACUGAUAGUCAACAUUAAUAAGUCAAUACUCAAAUGUGUUGAUGACGAAAAGCAUAAAACUCACCUGGAUAUCAUCUUCAUGCCACGGCCUUAGAUGUAAGUUCAUUAUUUUCAGCAUAGUGCACGACACCUUUCCAGCUUUGGAACCCACACUGAAGCAAACCUAGUCUGACUCUUGUUGGGUGUACUUGUUCACUUUGGAUGGAUCACACUUUGAUUUUGGCCUGUUGAUCUACAGAUUAGCAAUUUACCUAACGAUUUUUGUAAAAGAUGCGUAAAAAAAGCUGAAUUCAAAAAGAGGUUAAAAGAAAACCUCGUCUCUUUUCACAUUCCGGUCUGCAAAAGAAGAAAGAGCUCGCCUAAAACAGGGUUUAUAACGAUCCAAUGAUGUUCAGUUUUGUAAAGUAGAUAUAGCAAACCGGGUAUUGGUCUCAGGUUGUAUCAUCACUACAAAGUCACACUUGAAAACAGCGCAAUGUAUGUAAUGUAUUGUGUAUUUAAUGGACUAGAAAACCAAAGCUGGAUUGUUUUCAUUGUUCUCAAAUAGCUGUUUUAAAAAGAUACUUUGAAGCGGGUUGUUCAGAAUUGACAGAUCUCACUUGUUGAAACUAUAUUUCUUUGUCAAAGCUUUGUAUGUUUAAACUAUCUAGUAGCUGAUUUCAAGAAUGUAUUGUGCUGAAGUGUCACAUUUAGCAGCAGGAAAUUGCUUUUUAUGUUUGCACAGAUUAUACUUUCUAAUGUCUGAUUCAUUUCUUGUUUUGUUUUGUUAACAUUGUAUGAAUUCUGUAUUUAAGUUUAUUUAUUUAUUUCUAGCAACAAAAAACAUGUGCAGCAUAUGAUUUAGACGCAUAAUGAAUGUAACAAAAAAACCCAUGGCAGGUCGGCUAAUAAUCUAUGAAUGUUUUUUUUCUCAAUGAUAAUGUUUCACAGGGUGUACCAGUCACAAACUGGUAGUGAGUCACUGGAAUCUAUGUAGAGAAUUGACUUUGUUUGUUGAAAGAAUGUAGUUCAUAUUUUGGAAAUCAGAAAAAGAACAAAGGUGUAGUUUUGAUUUACUUGACCAAUAACAUACCUUGAUAUUUCAUUUCUUUAGUCUAAAGUUAAGUGUGAAAUGACUUGAUAAGCUCCAGACAUCCUUGACUACAUGUACUAUACAUUAUGACACGUGAAAACACAAGUCGCGGUGGUUGUUGCGGUAGGUUUCAUGUGUUUGAGAUUUGAAAGAAA